AUGAAGGUUCUAGACCCUCGGCUAAAUAAGGUUAGAGGGAGCUGUCACCACACCGCCACCAUCACCACUCAGUCACCACACCGCCACUAUUCCGGCACCACACCACUCCGCCACCAUCACCACAUCGCCACCACCGCCGCUAUUCCGGAACCACAACACCACUCCUCACCACAACACCACACCGCAAUUCCGUCACCACACCGUCACUAUUCCACCACCACUCCGGCAACACUCCGCCACCAUUCUGUCACCACACCCCCACCGCCGCCACUAUUCCGUCACCACUCCGCGCCACCGCACCACCGCACCACUCCGUCACCACACCGUCACUAUUCCACCGCCAUCACGGCCACCACCGCCACCACUCCGCCACUACCGCCACCACUCCGCCACCACACCCACACCACCCCACCACUCCGCCACAAUCCUCACCACACCGCCACAUCCUCCUUUCGAAUGCACAAUACUUUAACCAGGCUCUUUAAAAAAUAUCACCAUACAUCAACCAAAUACUUAGAUUUCACCAUACUUAUACCAGGAUUCACCAUAUAUCACCCAGAAUCUUUAAAACAUGCACCAUACAUCAUCCUGCUCCUUACAAUGCACCAUAUUUCACCCAGAAUCUUUAAAAAUAUGCACCAUACAUCAUCUUGUCCCUUAGAAUUCACCAUUUUUCACCCAGACUCUUAA